UAUAACACAGCCUGUAGGUGGCAGUAAUGGACGACCUUUAUUACCCGUCUCUGCAGGCUGUCAGGUCUGUCUGUCUGUUUCUCUGGACUUCAUCAGUGUCAUCACAUUCACCUGUGCCUUUGUCAUCAGUCUCACUGGUGCCACCUGGUGCCCUGGGUGUUUAUGUACCUCUCUCCCUCACUGUGUCCUCGUUGGUUCAUUGGUCAGUGUACGUCAGUCAUGCCACGCUGGUCAAGUCUACAGUUCCUGUUACAACAAUGGAAACUCGAUCAGGAAAUGGAGAGGAGGUGGCCGCUGCAGUGUCAGCGACCUUGGGCUUGGUUUCCCAUGAUGCCACUGGGCUGCAGGUGGAGGUGGAGGUGGAGGCAUCAGUGCUCCGAGAGGAUCUGCAGGCUGCCAGGAGGAUUGAACGCUUUGACAUUCCACUGGAUCAGCUAAAGAGGAUGUUUGAGAAACCGCCUGCUGCUGCUGCUGCUGCUGCUGUGGAAACAUACCAGGACGUGACACCUGUCCACUCCUCUCCAUCCAAAAGGGUGACGUCCAGCUCCCUCACCCAGGCUAACCAGGCCACAGAUCCCAUCAUGGACUCACCCCAGGACAACAAUCUCACUGCAGGCAGCCUCGGCAGAUCCAGGUCAGGACGUCCUGAGGAGAGGCCACUGAGCGUCGGUGACCCGGACUCUGAGCAGGUGUCAGUGAAAGAGCGGCUCGCAAUGUAUCAGGCUGCUGUCUCUAAGAAAGAAACCAGCGGGCCUGGCUCAGCUGCGACGAUGGAGGACUGGGAGCCUUGUUCACUGCCUGGUGGCCUGGCUAGUGUGAAGAAACAGUUUGAGACACAAGAGUUUGCCUCUUCCUCUUCUCAGUCCAACGUCAGCCAGUUUCAUUACCAGCAGAAGUCCGUCCAGGAAAUGUCAAGCUCCUCAGAGGUGAUAGUGAGAAGAAGUGUAGAAAUACCCACCACGACCCUCCUCCACUGUGAAGACAAAGAGGUGAUGCAUGAUCAGAGACUCCACCAUAACAAUGUGACUGGCGGUUAUGGGAGCCAUUACAAUGAAACAGUUAUGCUCGUCGAAGGAGAGGAACCACCAAAGAUUUCUACGCAGGCUUUGAAGCAGCAGUAUGAAAAAACCAUUGAGGAAGCUGCACCAGCCAAGGAAAUUAAGGUUGAUGUGGAUUUCGGAGAGUUUCAAUGGGCACCAAUAAAGCAGUCCUCUAAAGCUUCAAAAUUAACAAGCCAUGAAACCUCCUCCACUGUCAAAACUGCAACAUCAUCAUCAACAUCUGCAGUGUCUCAGGAGGUGUCAAACCAUUUCCCUCCACCACCCUCAAACCUACCACAGGCAUCACAGGAAACUGCAGAGAAUAUGCUUUCCUCUCAAUUUAAGGAACAAGCUAUCCAAAAUAGGCAAGUUGGUAAGGAGCAGUACUUUAAACACAAGAGCACAGCUGAAGUGAAGCGCCUCUACAAGCACAUUCAUCCAGAGGUCCGCAAAAACUUGGAAGCGGACUUCUUGAACCAGCUCACUGAGGCAGAGCAAAAGGAUUUAGAAAGUGAAGAGGUUGUGGGUGAUGUCGAGCAAGCGUGCUAUCUUUUUGAAAAUGAUGGCUCAAGUGAACGCUCCAGCCCCGACAGGGAGUCCGUGGAGUGGGACGAGAUCCUUAAAGGAGAAGUGCAGUCAAUGCGCUGGGUAUUCGAAAACAAGCCCUUAGACACUAUUAAAGAUGAAACCCCAGAUGAGACAGAGGUGAAGAAUAUUGCUCAACAGGAAAUCAUUGCCGGCAAAGAUGUCAGAUACACUGCAUGGAUCUUUGAGACUCAACCAAUGGAUGCUCUUGGAAAUGAAACAACUUCAAAUGAGCAGACAGAAAAAAUGACCGAUCUUGCCAGAGGAGAUGUUCGCACUGCAACGUGGCUUUUUGAGACUCAACCACUUGAUUACCUGAACAAGAUCUACCAAGAGGAUGAGCUGGAGACAGAUGGCACUGUCACCAAAGAUAUCACUGGAGGGGAUGUCAAAACUGCCAGGUAUCUCUUUGAGACUCAGCACCUGGACUCUCUGGGUAAAACAGAGACCAUUGAGGAAAGCAACUUUCUAAACCUGAGGUCUGAACUGGAGGAGAUUAAGGGGGAUGUGAAAACAACCACUCGCAUGUUUGAGACCGAACCCAUGUGUGUCAUCAGGGGAGAUUCUGGAGAGAUGCUUGAGAUCACCACCAUCCGCAAAGAAGAAACAGAAAAAGGGGACGUGAAGACAUCACGAUGGAUGUUUGAAACCCAGCCUCUUGAUAUGAUCAACAAAGACCCUGCCAAGGUCAAGCUAAUAUGUGGUAUAUCCAUGGGGGAAAUGAAGGACAGUGUAAACAAAGGUAGGUGGCUUUUUGAGACCAAAACCCUUGACACCAUCAAGGAUGAAGAAUGGGAAAGUUCCAGGAAGGAAAAAGAAGAAAUACUUGGAGCCGAUGUGAGAAAACACUGUUGGGUUUUUGAAACCCAGCCUAUGGACACCCUGAAAGACAAUGCCAACUCUCAAACUGUGUAUUCUGAAAAGAUUGUAGGAGGUGAUGUUCAAUCCACAAAACACCUGUUUGAGACGGUGCCCAUGGAGAACCUGAAAGAAUUGCCAGAAGUGGGAAAACUUAAGAAAACAGUUGCAUCAGAGGAGGAAAAGGGUGACGUGAGGCAUCAAGCGUGGGUCUUUGAAAGCCAGCCACUAGAAGAUAUAAGAGAGGAGAAAAAGGAAAUGACAAGAACGGUGAAAAUUCAAUCCCUUGACAAAGGAGACGUCACAAACUACAAAGAAAGAUUUGAAAAUAUGGACCUAAGCAAAUGUGAAACGCAGAAAAUUCAGGUUGAAGGUGUUACUAGUGGCUCUGUCUUGUCCAACAAGUGUCUUUUUGAAUCUACCCCCAUGUAUGCCAUGCAGGACAGUUCUGGUCAGUUUCAUGAGGUAAGAACAGUGAGGCGUGAAGAGAUUGUAAAAGGUGACGUACGAAGCUGCAGAUGGAUGUUUGAAACCCGUCCUAUUGAUCAGUUUGAUGACAGCCUUGAUAAAUUUCAGAUUAUUAAAGGGAUAUCCAAACAAGAGAUGGAGUCCGGAGAUGUCAAAACAGCUAAGUGGUUGUUUGAAACUCAACCGCUGGAUGCCAUUAAAGUUCUCAGUACCUUUGAGGAUGAAGAACAUAGAACUAAAGAGGGAAUUAGUAUAGAAAAAGGGGAUGUCAAGACUUGUAGAUGGCUCUUUGAGACGCAGCCAAUGGAUGUGUUGUAUGAAAAGAUGGAAAAGAAUGAGACUGAUGUUGAAGAAGUGCAAAAGGGAGAUGUCAAAACAUGCACUUGGCUCUUUGAGACACAAACACUUGACAAUAUACGCGACCACACCGACUCUGAGUCUGAGACCAUCCUGAAAACUUGCACCGUAAACCAAGAGGACAUCCAAGGAAAAGAUGUACGACUGGCUCGCUUCCUUUUUGAAACAGAAAAUCUUGAAAAUAUUGCAAGAGAGGACAGCAGCUCUUUCAGGAGGGUUACAAAAAUUGACAUUGAGUCAGGCGAUGUCUCCAGAAUGAAGUACAUUUUUGAGAAUCAAUCGUCAGACAUCAUGAGUUCUACCUCAGAGGAAACAAUGCAGAGGCUGAAGACACAGCAGACUGAUGACAUUCAAAAGGGCAAUGUGGUCAGCUGUACUUGGAUGUUUGAGAACCAGCCAAUAGAUGCCAUCCGUGACGAAAUUUCAGAGACAAGAGAAACCCGUACCGUGACUGAUGUUCAGGGUGGUAAUGUUGGAAAAGGCCGAUUCAUUUUUGAAACCUUCUCCCUUGAUGAGAUUAAAGAGGAGUCCACGGAGACUGAUAUUUCAAAACUCACAACUAUAUUUAGAGAUGAAAAGGAAAAGGGGGAUGUGAAGAAUUACACCAUGAUGUUUGAAACCCAGCCACUUUAUGCCAUACGUGACAAGGAAGGCCAUUACCACGAAGUAACUACCGUUACUAAAGAAGAAGUCAUGAGAGGGGAUGUGGUGGGGGCUCGGUGGCUGUUUGAAACAAAACCACUGGAUUCAAUAAGAGAUUCAGAAGAGGUCUAUGUAAUUAAAGCUGUGACUGAGGAAGGCAUCCAUAAAGGAGAUGUUAGCUCUGCCAGGUGGAGGUUUGAAACGCAGCCCCUAGAUGAAAUUACAGAAGAAAUAAAAGUGCAGUCCAAAACAGUUGCAGAUAUUCGAGGUGGUGACGUUAAAACAAACAAAGAACUGUUUGAGACUGAUGAGAUGUCUCAGAAGUACAUCAGAACUGUUAGCGUGAGUGAAAUAAAAAAAGGUGAUGUCAGAUCUGCCACGUGGAUGUUUGAGACACGCAGUAUUGAUGAAAUCCAUAAUGCAGGCGAGGAGUAUGAUGACAUGAAAAGGGUGACAAAGGAAGAAGUAAUGAAAGGGGAUGUCAAACAGUCUGUGUGGCUCUUUGAAAAGCAGCCACUUGACAGUAUCAAAGACUAUGAUGGCCCUGAGCUGCCAGUGAUGAAGGAGGAAAUCCCACAGGCCGAUGUCAAGACAACAACAUGGCUGUUUGAGUCGACUCCAUUCCAUGAAUUCAAUGAGGGCAGUGUUGAAAAGACAGAAAUAAUAGGUAAAAGUGUUAAAGAGACACUGGAGGAACUGUACUCUCAGAAAAUGGUGAAUGCACAAGGUAUUCUUAUUGAAGCAGAUGAGAUUGGGGACGUUCGCAUGGCCAAGUAUAAACUCAUGAAUCAGGAUUCUCCACAAAUUCAAAAAGAGGAGAUUAUCAGAGGUGAUCUAAGCAACAUAAUGAUGAACCUCCUCAACCGCAGAGAGAGCGCUGAAAAGGGGAUUAUUAUUGACCAAGACGAGAGGGGGAACAUCAACACCACAGUGCAACAGCUUUUCAACCAAGAACGAGGAAUCAAUGUGGAAAAAGAGGAAAUUGUCCAUGGUGACAUCCAAGAGGCCAUAAACAAUCUGCUCAAGGGUGAGGGCUCCUCAAAGCGUGGUAUUCUGAUUCAAGAGGAUGAGAAAGGAGAUGUGAGGAUGACCAUCUACUCUCUUUUGAAUAAAGGUGAGAGAGCCAGCACUGAAAAAGAGGAUAUCAUUCAAGGUAAUGUGAGCAAAACUCUUCAGCGACUUCUCUCCAACUCAGGUGGAGAGGACUCCAGACGGAUAAGGGUAGGGGACACAGAAAGAGGUAACGUCAGCUUUUACACCACAUGCAUUGAGUCUGGGGCCUUGGAUUACCUAAAACAGUUUCAGAGUGAGUCUGACGAGAGCCAAGAACAAGUAGAAAAGGAGCAUAUCAUAGGAGGCGACAUCGAGGAGACUAAAAUCCUACUGCGAAAAAUUCAGCAGCAAAUCGGUCGCACUGUAGCUGAAGAUGAUAUAGUUCCCGGUGACGUGCACAGCAUCGUUAACGUAUUUAUGACAGAACCCAGUGUGACCUAUAAAAAUGUAGAAACAAAGGAUAUAGUUAAGGGUGAUCUUAACGCAGCUCUGGAUUCUCUCACCCAAGCUAUACACCAGAAGGUGAUGAUAGAGAAAGAGGAGGUGGUAAAAGGUGACAUACCUACCACUCUGAGGUCUCUGGAGGAGGCCCAACAUCAGGCCAAAGAAAUGGAGAAGCCUGAAAUUAUCAGGGGAGACAUCAGAGGUGCUCUUGAGUCGCUGGAGAAAUCUACAACUAAUACAUCAGUCACUGUUGACGAUUUAGUGCCUGGUGACAUCAAAGGGACCCUGAGGUCCCUGGAGGAGGCCAAGCAAGCUGUAAAAGAGGUGGAAAAAGAGGAGAUUGUCAAAGGAGACAUCUACACUGCCAUGCAAAGUUUACAUGAAGCCUCAAGUGAGAAAAAGAUUUACCAGCAUCAAGUGAGUGAACAGGGUGACGUUAAAGCCACCAUUCAGCUUUUCCUUGAACCGACGACAUCACCAAAGACACAGCGCAGGGGAAGCAUGGAGGGAGAUGUCAAAACAUCCAUAAGGUCGCUUUAUGAAGGACAGGACGCAAUCCAGGUAGAAAAGGAAGAGGUCGUAAAAGGGGACGUGCAAGGGACAAUAAAGAAUCUGAUGCAGAGAAAACCGUAUUCCAAACCAAAGCGUAUGCAUGCUCCAAAGACGGUGAAAGUACCUGUGAAAAAAGUAGCAGCUGCAAAGCAAGUGGAGCCUGAAUGCAAACCUCAAACCAAGAGUGAGAGUGCAGCAGUCAAUCCAUCCCCCGCUGUGAAAAACCUCACUCACAGCAGUGAAGCACAGAAGCACACGCAGAGGUACAGUGAAAGCAAAUCAGUAAAAACACAGGUAAUAACCCAAGAGGACCACUCAGUUAUUGUAGCCAAAACAGAGAAUACCUCAGGGGCCUCUGAAGAGAAGAACACAAAAGAACAGAAGCAGAGAGCUCUGCCCCCACAGAAAAUACCAGCUCAGAAGCCUUUUAUGAUAAAGACAAGACCAGGGACUGUGGAUGAUCACACAGAGAAGCAAACAGCUGAGGUAAAAGUCAUAAAAGAGGCAAAAAAUUCUUCACAGAUGAGUGUUUCAAAGAAAACGUCUGAAACAAAGACAAUAAAGCAUGUGCAGAACACAGUGGUGGAGAGAAGUGUCACACAGAAGCAGAAUAUGCAAAAUACAAAAAGGUCAGAGCAAACUUCAACUUCCCAGAAACAAAUGGCAGAAAACAAGACUCUAUCUGAAAAAACAACCAUCAAAAAUACAAAGGAUGAGCAGAGUACCCUUGAUAUCAGAGGGAAGGGCAUGAUAAAAAAGGCAAAACCAGAAAUUCCCUUCCCUCCUCCUCCCUCUUCACCACCUCCACGGUCAGAGUCUGAGUUGUCCCUCCCUCCACCACCGUCACCGGUGCUGGAGACCCCAGUGCCACCUUCAGUCCGACCUUUCAACAUUCAAGACCAUGACCUCCCACCACCGCCACCUCCUCCUCCUAUGGAAUGCAUGAAGGCUGAGUCUGACUUCUUCCCUCCUCCUCCACCACCUCCUCCCCCUCCGACCUCAGUAGGCAGUCAAGAUUUUCUCCCGCCUCCUCCUUCACAGCAAGAGCUAAAUGCUUUGCCACAGCCAACCCCUGCAAAGCUGGUCAAACCCAUCUGCAGACCAUUAUUUAAGGUGCCCGCUGUCCCAGAAACACCAAAAAAGCCAAUACAAGUGAAACCCAAGUGGCAAAAAAAGCAAUCAGAGCCUUCUCCACUUCCACCACCUGAGCCAUCUCCUCACCAAGAAAUCACUGACUCAGCAGACAAUAAAGAAGAAAAGGAAGGUAAAUUGCAGGAAAUAAAGAAACAAACCAUCCAACAAACUCAAAUGAAUAAACAACUUCAGUCUGAAUCAACAGUCGUGUCUGUGAAAACAAUUCCAGAUAUUCCAGAUGCAAAAACGGCACCAAAACCCAGAGCGUUUGUCCCUCCCAUCAAACUGCCUCCACCUCCUGAUCCUACUCCAGCUCCGAAGGCCAGACCCUAUGCCCGCAAAUUCAAAACCCCUCUCAUGCUUGCGGAGGAAAGGUUUCGCCAACAAAAGGUGGAGAAAGAAGAGAUGGAAACGAGUACAGUCACUACUCCCACUUCUCCACCGGCAAACAUGUCAUAUUCUGCAAACGACACUGAAUCUUCUGUGGCACAAAACACUGAGAAAGACGUGGACAUAAAAGGGCGAACAGAGAAGGCGGAGGGAGCUAAGAUCAUUUCCAAAAAAGAAACUGUGGCCCAACACAUACCUGCCAAGAAAGCACCUUCCCAGAUCCCUUUGAGCAAGCUCUUGAUCUCUGCAUCUUCAAAUGUGUCCACAGAAAAAAGGCAAGAUGCCAGUGAGCAACUCACAGAAAACAUACUCUCCUCUGCUGAUGCUGUCAAAAAGAAUCAAACAGCAUCUAAACAUCAGACCUUUUCUCAGUCACAUCAUGUGGCCUCCAGUGUCAAGGUUGAGUCACAGUCACAUGUGGUCACUUCUUCAGUGAAAGAUUUCAGCACUCAGUCAAUUGCUGCCGUGCAAAGUGCAGUCCAGGAAAAUCUUCAAAGCAAGCCUGCUGUCGCUCUGAAAUCUAAAGAUGUGAAGAAUAUUAAUGUACCCGUGACACUAGAAGAGAAGAAGAGCCUUUCUUUGCCUACUAAAAUUCCAAAAGUCACACCAAGUUUCAAGGUAAAAACCUUUAAGAUCCCAACGGAGAAGAAGGAGGAGAGAAGUGAUUGUGUGCCACAAGCAGAUGUGAUAAAAAGUGAAAUGCAAUUUCAGCAAGAAAAACGCUCUGUGUCACAGCAGGAAAGUAAGCAGCGAACAACAGCCAGAGUUGAGAUGGAAAGAGAAAUGAAGGAAAAAGAAAUCAAAAGCCAGGUCACCAUUCCAGCAAAGAAAGUUGACGUGGAGGUCAGUGUGAAAAAGACAAAGCAGGUGCAGAAAAAUGAGCCUGAAGUGAAGCUGUCACCAUCUGUUACUGUGUUAAUGCCCAAGGUGACAAAGGCAACAUCUGCAGCAACUCAUCAAGGACAAGGCCAUGUAUCUGUCUCCCACAGUCAGCAGAGCGUGACAGCAGAGGCUGUUCAGAGGCAGGAGGAGGUGGUCGUCGUGAGUGAGCAGAACCUUUGCAGGCAAGAGGCCAUUCAGGUGCAAACACAGCAGUUGAAGCAGCAAACAGCAGAGACAAAUACAAUUCAGGCGAAGUUCGGAAAUUCAAAAGGCGAGCACAAAUAUGUGUCUGUGAAAGGUGCAGGGAAAAUGGGCCAUAAAGAUGAGGCUCCCAGUGAAGAAAUCACAGAUUCAGAGAAAUGUAAUGUCAUGCAGAGGCUGCUCAACCAAAUAGAAGAGCUGGAGGGCACCCCAAGCAGAAUAGACUCCAAGACUGUGAGAAUGAUUAUAAGCGAGUUGGCUGAAUGGGCGAUAGGUUCAGAUGAGAAAAAGAAUCUAAGUGAAAUUGCCAAACAGCAAAGUAAAAAGAAAUUGAAAGAAAUUGUUUUUUACCUAAAAAAUAUGUUUCGAGCAAAGCUCAGUGUGCUAAUGGAAAACUUGAAAUUGGCUGAAAAACAGGACAAAGAGAAAACAGAAAAACCGGCGCCACCACCAGUGCUUCCAAAACCAGACAAGAAAGUUGUCAGUGCCACAGCUGCAAAGGUUGCCUCAAAGAUCAGUGUUGGUGGCUCUAAAUCUGAACAGAAGGUGGUGCUAGAGAAAAAGUCACUUCAGAGCAGCAAACUCCAUCAGGCCGUGAGCGACUCGCCUGAUCCUAGAGUGUCCUCUCCUUUGGCAAGUAUCCGUACUCCAUCACCAACUUUCAUUAGCAUUGAAUCAAGGAGAGUGGACUCACCCCUCAGGGUGACACCAUCACCUCCACCCUACAAAUCCAUCGGGACACCGCCGCCUCCUCUUCGCAAGACAUACACACCCACAUCUAGCUUUAGCAGGGCUACGCCCUCUCCCACUCUCAGCCGCUCAGAGAAGCUGGUCAAACUACAUGAUACGUCCUCAAAGAUCUCAUUCAGCAUCCCUGCUCAACAUACAGUGACCACAUACGAGUGCUUUGCAGCUGAAAGAGAGCAAUCUUCCCCUUUCAGAGACAGUGGCUCACCCAUGCAGAAAAAUGAAGAAGGAAUGGCGGAUGUUACGGAAAUGGUUGACUCCAUGAAGACAGUGAGGGACAAGAAGUCUUUCUUUGAGGAAGCACAAAAGGCAGAGGUGAGCAGGGCAUAUGUUCGCAAGGAUCCCAUUGACAUCCCCGAGCGCCUCGGCCCAGACAAUGAGGAGGGUACGGAAGCUGUGAUUAUAGAUCUUAUGAAGGAGGAUCUCCCAAAAGUUGACCUGUCCAAGCUGGUGAAUAAAUUUGAAUCCCCAAAGCCUAAAGUCUUUGCCAGAAAAGAACCCAUAGUCAUUGCAGAAAGACUCGGCAGUGACACAGAGGACGCAGAGGCUGAUCUACAAACCCAGAAGACCGACGACAUCCCCACUUUCAAUGUCAAAGCAAUUAAAAAUGUCUUUGAAACAGGCGAACACAGCUCACAGGCAGCGCGAGAGCUCCGAGAACAAAUAGAACGAAGAGAACCUGAAUCGGUUUAUACCAAACCAGCUGCUCCAUUUGAAGCCACAGUAUUCACCGAACAAUCCUGCAGAGUUGAUGAAGAUGGAAGCAUUGCUAAAGAAACCCUGAGUAGUGAGGUGCACUCUGGGAGCUCCCUGGCCCGUGGCAACCCACCGUCCUAUGCUGAUGUGGUGAAAGGCAAAGUUCUAACAGUAGCUGUUCAUCCUGAUGCCUCCACCGAGGAGCUGCUCCGAAGCUUCCAGGAGUCAUGGGCUGAGUCCGGGGGAGUUUUCCAGAACCUGGGUUACAGUGUGACAGAGCAGAGGACUUCACAGAUCGUCACUCGCACACAGGAGACUGUUGUGACGGAGAAUUCGAAUUCCAGAGUCCGAACAGUGCAGGGUGUGCAGGAAGAGGGUUUACCCCAUGGAGUCCCUGAUGGCCGACAAACAAAACUUCCAUAAAAGCUGCUUUCGUUGUGAACACUGCAAAGGCAAAUUAAGUCUUGGCAACUAUGCCUCUCUCCAUGGACGAAUGUACUGCAAACCACACUACAACCAGCUGUUCAAGUCCAGAGGGAAUUAUGACGAGGGCUUUGGACAGAAACCUCACAAAGAACUCUGGAAUAACGAGAAAAACCUUCA